AAAAAAAUGAGGGAAGUUCGUUUCUGUUUUUGUCAUAAUGUAUGGUCACUUCACUGAACAAGAAGCACUUCUGUAGUAACAGUCACAACGAAUUUUUUUAAUUAUGGAUGAAACAGAGUUACGGCCCAACCUUGGUAGAUUUGUGGACAUAGUCAAUAGACCAGUAUGUGAAUCCGUAACGGUUGAGGAUUUAAAGCCCAACGGUGUUUAUCAACCACCACACUUGACCCCAGUCUUUUUCGAGGAAAGCAAGAAAAAACCGUCAAUAGAACGAGCCAAGUUGAGAGCAGCUCGGUUUAUUUUAGAAGACACUGAUUUAAAUGAAUCAGAAGAUUUGCCUAAAGAAGUUUAUUUUGGAUGUGGUUCCGAAGAAAGUUUUACACGAAGAAAAAUGAAAGAAAAACAGAAUUAUGAAGAAGAAAACUUUACUCGUUUGAAAAUAACAAAACAAGAAAAACGAAUUGAACGCUCUUUACUCCCAAAAGGUUUAUCCGAUACUUCCUCAAGACUGAGACAGAUGCAAAUACUUUUACAAAGUUCGGAUGAAGAAUUGGAAUAUAAACCGCCCCCAACAAAGAAAAAGAAGAAACAGCUGAAGCGUUUAAGACGUAAAAAAGGACGUCGGAAAAGAAACUAGUUCAUGUCUUUGUAUUUACAAAUGCUCUCCUGAAAUACAAACUAAAUUUUAUUCUUCAUGUUUUAGGACUAAAAGUUGUCCUUACAUACGAAUUCAUAACUAAAUUGUGAAAGUUGGCACAGUGUAAAUGCGUUAAAUAUUUUAAAUUUAAGGAUUCUUUCUCACCAAUCUGUUACUGGUUUCUUUUAGAGUGUAAGGAUACUGAUGAGAGGCUCCCGGAUGCCCAGGUACCGCCGAGGGUGAGGAGAGUCCGCUCUCCCUCACAAAAUAUUCUCACAUGGCUACGCGUAUACAGCCAUUGCCAGGGAAGUCUUACUCACUGCCUUCUCGUGACGGGCGUGUUGUUUACAAAAUUCAGAAGACAAGAAGGGAAUUUCCGGUGCUUUAACCGGGUUGUGAUGGUCAAGGAAUUUUUUUACAAAAUCAGAAAGUUAUCACUAGUGAGCGCCAGCCCUUCCUUGUGUCGUGUUCCACGUCAUAAAAUCGAGAUUUAUUUAAACUUAGGAAACCUCAUUCCCAAAUGAUUACACAUUUUUAUUUACAGUUAUCUGAAAGGAAUUGGCGACAUUAAAGUACAAUCUCAUUCGUUUUAAAGGUUAAUCAGUUUUCAGUUCAUCUUUUUCAAGUAGCUCUCCAUACAUUUCCUAAGUAUAUGCGUUUGUCAUAUCCUUG